CUCCAGCCCGUCCGAUCCCUUUUUCUUAUUCGCUGAGAGGGAAGAUUGGCGUUCGAAGUACAGUGAUAAAUGAGCUACUCUGAAUCGAAACGACCCACUCUACUAUGCCUGCUUCACUCGAGGUCCAGUCUGCCUUCGACUCGCGAGUUAAGAGACCAAGCUUGUCUCUUUCUCUCUCUCUCUCCUUUCCUCUCUCACUUUUUCCCCGAUUCUCUUCCUGUCUAUCACGAUCUUAAUUCAUCAAUAUGUCGGCGCGCUGCCGGAAGGCGGAUGUUUCGUACCGGAGGUUUAAAGGGAUCAUGGCAGUACGGCGGUUAAUGUGCCUCCAUACAAUGCCACUGAUCCAUUGUUCUAACUAAGGAACACCCGUUGCCCUGCUCCCGGUCCCUUUUCACGGAGUUGGCUUAGCCUAUGCUAUGAAAUGGCGGGUUAGGUUCAUGAGUAUGACGCUUAAAUUAAAUUCACGUGAAGGUUGGCUCUUACGUUAUCUUCUAUAGCUGUAGGUGUCUAAAGAGUAAUUGUGCAGUUGUAUAGUUUGCUAAGACUAUUGAUAUGACAAAGCAAGUGCCUUGUCAGAGAUUAAUUACGAAAAUUUAUCGUUUCCAUCUAAAACGCCGGACAUUAUUUCUGUCUCCAGAGCGACAUCGCUGUGAAUUAGCCAACUUUUCAGCGAGAUAAUCCAACGAACAAUGAUACGAUUAAUCAUUGCGCAUUGUGUUAGGAUUUGUCACUCGGUGGGAUCCUAUUGUAAUCUCGAAAAAUCAAACAAUUCAUAUCAUAAGACAAUUGCACGAUCCUGUCAAGAGUUGAAUUAUGUGUCCCAGAUAAAACAUUACACUUUUCAUCAAACAAACCCAACAUAAAAAUCAGACAUUCGCAAAAUAUUAGAAACGUACAAAUCUUUGUACUCGUUAAUCUUCUCAUCCUGUAAAGCAAUAGUUUCCAUAAUACUUUUACAUGUUGCAGAAAGUCUUGCAACAUCUCGUGAGAUUCUCAAGUCCGCUCAACUCUCUUACGCGACCUCUCUCUCAGUGGAAUCCUCUCCCUCUCGCCACUCUCCCCACGUAGGCGGAGCGCUUUUUCCAGCUGGUGUUCUCGCGGUUACUGUGUCGCCUCCACCGCGUGCAGAAGCGUGCGUAUCCGCGCGCGCAAGAUCGCUCCAGAUUCCUGGCGCGAGUCCACCCUACCGUGCCGGUGGCGGACCACCCACCCCCGGAUACCCGUAUCUCCCGCGGACUCUCACCGCGCCCGAUGGUGCGCACCCGGUGGCGCCUCCAAGCGACCGAGAGACCCGGCGCACCCCCGACGUUGCGACCACGGGUCGCGACACCGAUGGGUAUCCACCUUCAGUCGUGGGUGCAGUGCGUGCGAGUGUGCAGCGGUCCCGAGAGCUGCUGCGAGAGAGACCGGCGUGGCUUGGAGUGCGCGCGAGAGUUAGGUCAGUGUCAACUCACCCUACUGACGUUGUCAUCGUCGUCAUCGUCCUUACCCAUUGUGGGAUUCACCGCGAGAUUCAUCGCGGGCACCGCUUGGGAACACUACCACCCCCAAUACAGUCUCCCCGAUCGAGAUCGUGGAAUCUUUCCGGUAGGCGUGAGAUGCGCACCUCCCCGGGGGUGCAUAGCUUUCCUCGCGUUCGCCGCGCGCCGAAAAGUGGGAAGCAUUUCGAAGGUUUGGACGCGAUUUGUGUUCUCGUCUCCAGAGAACUGAUGAGAGCGAUAGAGAUCAUUAGAUGAAAAUAUCUGAAAUGGAGAAAUUGAGUGUGAAUGAAUAUACAGAAGCUCAUAUAAGUAAUAAAGAGAAAGAAUAAAAUUGAAUCGAUCCUAUUAGUAACGGUUUGCAUAAUCAACCCCAUGUAAUUAUCGACGCUCAUAUAAAAUAUAUAUAAUAAAAAAUAAAUUUUCUCAAGUAGAGUAGUUUGUCUAUGAAUGAUGUAUAAUUAGAGAAAACGACAGUUACGUAACACGAUUGUAAUACGAAAAAGAUAUUUGCGUUUUCCACAUCAGAUCAAUUCAUUAUAAAUAAUUGCUUAAAUAUAACUGGAAAAAUGACGCUUCUUGAAUAUCGACAGUGUUUAAUGCGCGGAUAAAAUUAAACUCAUCUCACGAUGAAUUGUAAUCGUGGAAAAUGCAAAUUUCCAGAUGAGGCCAGUUAUUCGUGGAUCGACGCGAGUAACGCUUUGAAACUUAUCGCGUGAAUUCAGACACGCGUAAGAUAUAAUCGCGAGUAAUUAGGACGAAGUUGCGGGUGCGGUUCGCGCUUUCACGACAGCUGCCGCGCUAAUCUAAAUUCGCAUAAACUUUAAUCGCGGAGGGGCGAAUGCGAGCGGUUUCGCAUCAUCGUGGAACUUUUGUCUAAUCGCGAUUCGCCGAUUAUCGAGACACUUUUGGGACACGCGACGUCGCAGGGGAUGGUUCCUUUUUUUAUUAUUAUUCCGCCGCACACCUCUCUUGCAUACAUCCGAUUCAAUAUCUCACACCGUGCAAAAUUCUCUUCACCAUGUCCACGUGCGGAACCUUUUUCCAGUGUUUGAAUUGGAAUUGCGCCGCGAUUUUUAUCGGCGCGUUUAAUAAACGCUCUAAUCCUGAAUAUCGUUCACGAGGAACUUUUAAUAUCCUCGGGAUUCUCCCAAUCGCAGCAGCGCAUAUCGAAGAUAAAUAAUUUAAACCGGCAUUGAUCCUACGCGUCCUUUUUCUCCGCCGCUGCGAUUUUAUGCGCUUAUAUUAUAUUGUCGGUUGAAAGCUAUCUAGCAAAGUAACAGUUGUUCAAAUACUUUUCCUUUAUAAAAAUAAUGAAUAACGAUUCAUUUCCUUCAGUUAUUCUCGUAUGAUAUUGAUAUCGAGAUAUGCGAUAUUGAGAAUUGAUACGAACUGUUGCUAUAGAUUCGCUUGGAAGAGCAAAUGUAUCGUUUAUUAUCUCUUAAAUUAAUGAUUAUUGAAACAGUAUUAAAUCGUCAUCAUUAAAAGUGCGACGCGUUUUGACGGUCGAUUCAAUCGAUAGUUUCUCGUUGAAAUUUUCAUAGUCUGUUACAUUCUGUUACAUUCUGGGUCUUCUCAAUUAUGCGUUCCAAUCGAACGCUUCAAUACGCGAUAUCGCGGUAUCCUUUCCAGUCGAGAGCUAAUGGAUUGUCAAGAAUAGGAACUUCACGUGGUUUUGCAAUCGUUGGCUCGGCGCUCGGUGCGGCCGAUCGAAUGCUUUCAAUUUUAUUUUUCGCGGGCAGUGUUUCAAUCCGCUUGCCGAAGCUGAAACAAUUUUGGAGAUGGACGUCGCUGGAAACAAUGUGCCAUUCCCACGUGAUAACUUGUUCAUCUUCGAAAUAGAUCGCGCGGAGAGUGUAUCGUUGUGAUCCUACUAUUAACGGAGAAAACGCGCACAAACAUAAUCGAUUAGUGACAACCGAUAAUCGUUAUCACAAUUAUUAGCACAACGGCAUAACUUUAACGCGUUCCACUAUGAACUUAAUACGAUUACAUGUUACGAUGCAAAUCAAUGCAUGUCGUGUCCAGAAACUUUGCAGGAAAUUGGUAAAUAUGUAUGUCUCUUGUAGUGUCAUCAGAAAUCUCGACUUUCUGAGGAUCCUCGUCGAUUGAGCGGAUAUUGGUAGCGUUGAUUCUCGCAUUGAAUAGACACCCUAUUAGUGCACCCUAACUUUACCCGAGAUAUAAGAUAGAUUCCGGACUGAUGACAACGUCGUGAAGUCAGCUCUUCUCGGCCCGAUAAUCCGAAAUACUAUAGCGUUGACCCAGUUAACGACACAACAGCAAUUAGAUAUUCGCGCGGCAGCAGACCGAAGGUGGGACCAGGGCGUUGAUCGAUCCUUCCUCGUCGUCAGGCGUGUAUUCUCGCGCAAAUUCCUGCGUGCAUACGCGUGUACCGGCCGCAUGCACGCGAAUCCAUGCGAAUCACGACUCUGAAGACAUCCAUCUGGCUAGAAACCGUCCAUACGAUCGCAGCACCAUCCAAAUGACAAUUUGCUAAUCCGAUCGUGUCUGUUGAUCCCGUACGAGCAACGGUUUAAUAAUUAGAAACAAUGAGUAAACGCAAUAAACACGGAGUAAUCUUCACUUGCCUCCAUACAACUUGGCAUCAUUUUCACUUCUCUCUCCAAAUUAUUCGUGUACUUAGCGAUAUUACGUGACGUGUGUGCCCAAAGGUGUCACGUACUUUCUGUCGCGAUCCAGUGUAAUCGCUCUAUAGGUACGUCUCCCGCAAUGCGGAAAUCUCAGCACUCUCGAGAGACUGCUUGAUCGGAGCGUGAUAGCCCGAUCCGAGUAUCAAUUGCGCGAAUGUCGGCGCGAUACAACAUUAUUAUCGGUAUCGGCUUCACGAAGAGCAGGGCAAAGUCCUCGCGGAUAAUCCUAAUCAUCGAGACGAUGCAGCGCUCUAUCCGCUAAUCCUACGCUAGACGUCUACGAUCGAAUCAAGUGACGUCGUAUAUCGUUCGGGAUUUAUGUCCGGUGAGGUGGUGUAUGUACUCUCCUAUAGAUGCGACUUUCUCAAACAGAAGGAAAAACAAUCAAAUCAAGCACCAUCUAAACUAUAAUUUCGUUAGCAUAUUACUAUACGUGAGAAAUACUUGGAUCGCUAAGAGAGUCCAGUCAAAGAAAUGCGGAAUUUCGAAGGAAUUUUUCUUAAAUCUCAAUUUUCAGGUGACGUCAUUGCGUAACUGAAAAAUGCAGUCUUUGACAAUACCUUAACUCGAUGUUCGACCCGACUCUAGUCUAGUUGUAAAAUGCUAACACGCGAGUACCGGCAGGUAUUUGGCCGCAAUUAUCACAAUUGCAUCGCGUGCAAUACUCUCGCUUACGUAACAUAAGCGGGGAGAAAAACAGGAUGAAGUUGUUUCGUCCAGAUUCGAAAUUGAUCGCUCGACUCGCUCAAUUGUCGCGUUCGCGGUGGGAGUGGGACCGCGCCGCGCCGCGAUGUAAAUCCAAUGUUGUCAGCGGAGCCGCGGUUUUUACACAUGCGCAGUGAACAUGGAGUAUCUAUUACGUGAAAAAGUAUGUCGAAACUCUACGUAUUUGACACAAUAAAACAGACAAAACGUUGAAGAGGAAAAGAAUGGUAAGAUAAUGCACUAUCGCAAUAUUUAGUACAUUAUCGAGAUCGCUUGGACACGCCGCGCAUUAUCGCGCAUGCGCGGAAAAUGCGGCCCGCGAUGUCACAAUUGUAAAUCGUGCAAUAACGCGGUCCGUCCACAUCUCAUUCGUUUGUCUCGGCUGCAUUCGGAUUUCGGAUCGACAAGCGGAAUGUUCUCGAGCGAUUCGCGGUCGCGAAAUUAGCGGAGUAAUGCCCGCGCGGCCGUGCCGACUGCCGAGUAUGCCGGCUCACCAUUAAUCGGUGUGUGGAAUCGAUUGCACGCCAACACUUUAACGUCGUUACGCAUCGCGGUUGCCAAUCGCGGGAUCAUUGGCCGUCAUUGUCUCUCGGAUUUAUCGCGCGUGUCGCCAUAAUUACAUCUAGAAUCGGCGAUCACGCAUUGAAUUUUUGUCAGCGGCGAGCAUUGAUGCGAUCCUCGUCCUGUGAUGGGGGUGAGUUCCCAAGCGAUGCUCGCUGGCGCAGGAAUUGCGAAGGAGGACAACGGCUGACUUGCAUCUUCUCCAUCUAGAUACGUGGUUCGCGCGGCCGAGAGAGGGUACAAAGGGGCCGGACGCGUCGUUCAUAGUGGAGGAAUCGGGGGACCAUGACGCCCCCCAUAAUCGGGGAAACGCUACGCGUGUGGUUCCUCUCGGCGCUGGUCGUUCACGGAGCCGUCGCCGGGAACCCCGACGCGAAACGCCUCUACGACGACCUGCUGUCCAACUACAACAAGCUUGUGCGCCCCGUGGUGAACACCUCGGACGUGCUGCGCGUCUGCAUCAAGCUUAAGCUCUCGCAACUCAUCGAUGUGAACUUGAAGAAUCAGAUCAUGACGACGAACCUGUGGGUCGAACAGUCAUGGUACGACUACAAACUGCGAUGGGAGCCGAAGGAAUACGGAGGAGUUCACAUGUUGCACGUGCCGUCCGAUCACAUAUGGCGGCCUGACAUAGUGCUCUACAACAACGCGGACGGCAACUUCGAGGUGACCUUGGCCACGAAGGCCACGAUCUACCAUCAAGGAUUGGUCGAGUGGAAGCCGCCGGCCAUAUAUAAGUCGUCCUGCGAGAUCGACGUGGAGUACUUCCCAUUCGACGAGCAGACCUGCGUCCUCAAGUUUGGUUCGUGGACCUAUGACGGCUUCAAGGUCGAUCUGAGACACAUGGACGAAAAAUCCGGGAGCAACGUGGUGGACGUGGGAGUCGACCUAUCCGAAUUCUACAUGUCGGUGGAAUGGGAUAUUCUAGAAGUGCCUGCAGUUCGGAACGAGAAGUUUUACACUUGCUGCGACGAGCCUUACUUGGACAUUACGUUUAACAUCACGAUGAGAAGGAAGACCCUCUUUUACACGGUGAACAUCAUCAUCCCCUGCAUGGGAAUAUCGUUUCUUACGGUUCUCACGUUUUAUCUGCCCAGUGACAGUGGUGAAAAGGUAACGCUCUCCAUCUCGAUUCUCAUCAGUCUCCACGUGUUCUUCUUGCUGGUCGUUGAGAUCAUCCCGCCGACGUCGUUGGUUGUGCCACUGCUUGGAAAGUACCUGAUAUUCGCCAUGAUACUCGUUUCGAUAAGUAUAUGCGUUACCGUGGUCGUCCUCAACGUCCACUUUCGUUCACCACAGACGCACAAAAUGGCACCUUGGGUGAAGAGGGUUUUCAUACACAUCCUUCCACGGCUCUUAGUUAUGAGGAGGCCCCAAUAUAAAUUUGAGACUAGCAGGUACACUUCCGGUAGAGUGCUAAUGAGGACCGUCAGGGGAAAGGAGAAAACUUGCUAUUAUCCUUACCAACCCUCGGCUCAGGAAGACAGCGAGGAGCAUCUCACACCCAAGAGAUUCCACAGCCGUCCUCCAUCAAAGGAGGAUCUCUCGCCUUCCAGUCUCACAGACGGUGCGAGGUUUGGUGGUAGCUGCUUGAUUCACGGGCCACCUUUACCGCCUUUGCCGCUGCAAUCCGAAUGCGAGAACCUCUCGGUUUCCGGGGAUGCAGGUAUAGAGGAAGUCAAGAGUCCCGUGCUUCGAAGCCCGCCCGCUUUCUCGCAUUCCCGCUGUCCUCCGGAAGUACACAGAUCCUGUAUCUGUGUACGUUUCAUCGCCGAGCACACUAAAAUGCUCGAAGACUCAACCAAGGUGAAGGAGGAUUGGAAGUACGUGGCGAUGGUGCUGGAUCGGCUGUUCCUCUGGAUCUUCACUCUGGCAGUCUUGGUGGGCACCGCGGGUAUUAUUUUGCAAGCGCCCACUUUGUACGACGAUCGAGUGCCCAUUGAUAAGAAGUUUAGCGAGUUCGCGACCACGACGGUGGUCAAGUGUCCGCCUCAGUAGUCCAUGCCCGAGCCCUGCACCGUAGAGAAAGACUAAGGACCAGAAGCCAAGACCCUAGUCCUAGUCUUAGGAGAGUCCGCAAGCUCCAUCUCCUUAUCCUCAACGACGAAAUUACGGCAAAAGGGCUCCGAUCUUGCAAAAUGUGACCGGAAAUGUAUGACCGGCGAUUCUGAAUAUGACGGCGACAACGACAACGACGACGAGCAGAACACGCUUUUCCUUUCCCUCAGAGAGGGAAAAAUACUGAAAGAGCAAAGUAGAGAGUCGUUCAUCCGAUCAUCUGGAGAGACGUCUCGUCUCACAGAGAGCUAAAAGUCGCGGGAAGCGAUUCUUCUCGUCGAUCGGAAACGGAAGGCGAUGGGCAUAGUUAUAAAGCCUCGAAACUCGUCGUCGUCAUUUCAAAUGAAUUGCAUUCGAUGUCUCCCAAGUAAGAACGCGUCGUGCACUUGACGCGAGAUUCGCGCAAGGAGACCUACGUAUACCUACAUAGUCUGCUCAAGUAAAUCGUAAUACGAAGCUGCCACUACUUAAUCGGGUAAACCUAACACACAUCAGGCUGACGGACUGUAUAGUAAUUUUAGCGCCUCGGAAACGAGAUAGCGAGGAUCGAACGCGACGAUCGAACCUACGACUUCCGCCAGUCGUUCGUUUAAACGUGCUCGUACGAGCGUCAAGUAUCGUUUGAUGUAACAACGAAAGUAUCAAUGUGAAUCAGAACUGAUGUGAGAUUAUUUUUUCUUUUCUUUUCCCGUCUGCGUCAUAUAUUAUAUUAUAUAUUAUAGAUUUGUGAUCUGGAAUGAGAUAUGCUAAAGCAAAAUUCAUCUGCGACUGCAUUUUAUGCACACAUAAAAAAUUAACAAACGUGUCCAAUAGCUUGUUCUCGAGAAAGAAAACUUUCUUUUUUCAUAGAAGAUUUUUUACAGUGAAUACGUCUCAAUAAUUCCACACUUUAUCGUUACGACACGAUAAAAUUUAUUAAAAUUUGAAAUGCGAAUUAAAUAAAUUGGCCGAAUAUCCACACAAUACUACUACACUGCGCUAGCGACUGACAUGUGUAGGAGCGAUACUUUGCUCGAGCGAGUUUCGUGUUUCACGAACGUGUAUUUUGUACAUUGUAUCGUAGCCCGGAAGCCGUUCGCAUUACGCGAACUAAUUAGGUGAUCACCGCGUAGCUAGCUCUCGUCGUACACAAACUUAGGAUAUAAUACUACUCAAAGUGUAUAACCAGUUGAUAAUUUUAGGGACAUACCCGUUUAUACAAGCAUAUAUAUUACAUAUACAUAUAUUUAAGAGCAAACGGACGAGUCGAUGGCGCGUCGGUAUAGCGCGAACUAUUCGAAAUACUAACAUAACCAUACUGAAUAUUAUAUUGAAUAGACUAUGUAUGUGUAUAUAUAUAUAUCGCACACAUCUCUUUCCACGUUUAAUUACAAUUUCUCAAGAAAUACUUUUCAUCUCGCGCGGUACUCUUUAUUAUUUCUCUCAAUCAUCGAGCUAUGUAAAUAUCUUUCUCUUUUCGCAAUUUCAGAUUUAUAAUUUAUAAAUCGAUCCAAUGUGUGUAAUAUCCAAUAAUUUGUAGUUUGUCGUCGCGUUUCUCGUGACUCGUUCUUCAAAGUUUUCCUCGCAAAGGAGAAAACACAUCGCACAUCGAGAGAAUUCGCGUCGCCGACGCGUCUCGCGUUAUUUCGUCCUAAUAAGAAUAUUGUAUUUUGUAACGAGAAAUGGAAUACACACGCGAGAUAUUACAAUAAAGAGUAAUCGAUAGUAUGGUAAGAACAAGUAAAGCAUACGAAUUCUAAAGCUAAUAGUUGUAGGGAAUUGAACAAUCGUGGAUGCCGUUGUUCAAUACCGUAGUUUGUGGUCGUUGUUAUUGUGAGUCGUCAUUCAUGAUUUUCUCUUUUCGUUUUUUUUCAUAGGCAAUUACGCGUCCUGUAUGAUAUUUAUCAUUGUGAUUGAACGUUUAUUAGUCGCGAGUCGCGCAUACGGACUGUUACUCACGAGAAUAUAAUUAAACGUCGGAGAAUGUUGGAUACAUUUGAAAAAAAAACUUUAUUAAAUACCGAAGAAGAGUUUAAAUGGUCGAUCUUCCAGAGAUUUUCGGAAAAUUCAGACAGGACUUUUCGUGAUUUAUUAUUUAAUACAAUAUUAAUAUUUAUUUUAUAUAUUAUAUUUUUAUUAGUUGGAGUUGAAAGAAAAUGGUUACAUCGAAAGUGUAUAGAGAGAGAUAUCCAAUUUUAUUCUUAUAACAACAUUUAUAUACAUCAUUAAAAAACAAAGGAAUUGAGACGUUUGCUCUUUUAAUGAAACAUAAGAAUCGGUCUCACCCAAUAUCGCGAUUCGGCUUCGACCGACGACGAUCGAUAGUCACGUCGGCAUUCUUCCGAUUCUCCGACGUUCUUAGGUCUCUUAGCCGUAACUAACGAGUUUCGCGCGUUUUCGGGUACAGUGCCGUGAUACAUUGGAGAUUGGACUGUAAAUAUACACAUUAUUACUUACUAUAGGCGGAGGAAUAACGAUUCCUCAUUACUACUGCCAUUAAAACGCGACGUCGGUACUUUAGGCGGGUUUUUGUGCCAUCACUUGAAGAUGGCCAUCGAGUUCGUUCCUCGCGCGGAGAGCAAUUCCGGUGUACGAUCGUUUCCGUCGAUCGUUGAUCGAUCGAUGGACGAAAAGAUGGAAUCUCACAACGAGCAAUUUCUCCUCGAGAUUCAGACGAUUAUUUCCUGAUUUAUUUCCGGACUCGCCACGGAUCCAUGUCGGAUAACAUCGAUAGACAUUACGUGGUGGUUACCUGAUUCAAAAUCGUCCAGUGAACGCCUUUAGCGAAGCGCAUUUAGAUUCUGGAGAGACAAGGAGACUUGCUAGAAUCGUAGACUCGAGGGAUUAUUCUCCUAGCGAGAGAGCGAAACAAAUCUACUCCGCACUAGACCGUUAGGAAAACAACGCACACGUUUUUCUAUGAUAGAGCUAUGUAUUGUAUUUACCUGUUACUCGAGAUAGCACUGCGACCAGUGACAUUCGUGUCAAUGACGAUUUUGCGGUGAAAGAAAGACGCUUUGAUUCCUAACUGCUAUGGUGGAAGAGCUUUGCUCUUUUAACGACUUCAGUUUACUUGUCUCAUAUCUAUUGAGUGAAAGUUGUCGAUGGAACACAGAAAUGCCAAUUCAAUAGAUCACAUUUAUCUUCCAGAAGCAGUUAUCUUGCUUAAAUUUAACCAUAAUAGUUGAGGAUUAAUUAGCGGCGACAACAUUUUAUUGCUUUUCUAUCCGGCAUACAAAUCACUAUUCACUAACAUUUCAAGUAAUGAGCAAACUUGCUGAGAGGGAAAUUUUUCAGCUUUAUUGCUGGUAUAGCACGAAAUUAAGUAAAACUGUUAAUCUUUUUACGAUACUUUUUGUAGCAUUAAAUUAAGAUCUCGCAUUCCGAGACCGAAAAACCGAUAUAGUGACAAAACAAUGUCCCGCAGAUAUAUUCACGUCGAGGCGAUCGAAUUUUCGAUCACUAAAGAUCAUUCUAGAUCAUCCUAGAGUAAAGAGAAAAUGUGAAAAGAAAAAUAAAGUGUGAAUGUACAUUUAGAUGAUAGUCGAUUUACUAAGAUAAAUUGAAAUAUGUAUAUACCGUGUAAAUAACGAAACAUAGGCUAUGAUGAUUGGGCCCUUUUUUACAAUUUUCAAGCAACUACCUUUCGAGAAAUCCUAUAGGGUUCUUCAAUAUCAAUAUCGUAUUCUCUGUAAUACGUGUGCCAGUUUGACAUUUUUCAAAUUACUUCAAUCUUUUAUUAUCCAGAUAUAAAGAUACGUUUGAUCGAUUUUUAUACCACUAAAAUGCUUUUCCUUUUUUGUUUUGUAACAAUUUUUGAAUGUCAUUUCGUCGUCCAUUUCAAGUGACACAGUGUUAGGAUAUUUUUUAUGGUUUUCUUCAAUUAUUCUGAUUCAAAUAUUUUUACUAUUCCAAAUGAUUUUUCAGCUGCUUGACGAUUAGAGUGUUAGUAAUAUUUUUAUGUAAUAAUUAGAAUAUUAACAUACGGCCACGAUGAAAAAGAAUGUGAAACUGCAGUCUGAACGUCGACGUACGAAGUAUUGCGUGCAACAACGCAUUAAAUGAAUCGAGAACAUCGCAUACAAAAAUAAAAUAAUUUAACGGUCAACACAAAGACAUGACCAACGACAAAGCAAGCGAGGACACGGUCUUUUUGUCACAAUCUGGUUGAAACAAAUGCGAAAUUAAAAACGCAGGAUUUGAUGAAAUCGUGUUCAUUCGCAAUGAAUGUUAACGAUUUAUAUUUUUUAUCAUGUCAAUGUGUGUGAUUGUUUUGGGAUAUCAACAAUGCAGUCACAUAUAUACGCAACACCAAUAGAAAUCGCAUCUGAUAAAAUUGAGUGAAUUGCAUACAGACAAUAACGAUCGAAAUUUGUUUUAAACGAUUGAAAUUGAAAGAGUAGAUUAUUUGUGAAACGGGACAGGCUUUAAACCCGAGGAAACUAAAAGAAAAUAAACGUUUCACUAUUUUAAGGAUCUUUUGGAUAAGAUUUGUGAAAUGUUGUCGUAUCAUCUCGCUGUAACAAUUUAUGAGAGUAUUCUUUAAAAAAAAAUAAAUUUGUCUUGUUUAAAAAAUAAUCUCUUCAGUCAGAGAUUGAAAAACAACUUACUUAUUUGCAAUCCCGUUAUUUUCGAACGACUAUUAAAUAUCGAAAAACUAAAAAACUUGCAGAUAGACAAAUAUGCGUUUUAUGAGAUGAAAGUCACUUGUGGUGUUGAACGCAGUUAUUUAAUUCUUAAUUUUUAUUUUCGUAGCUUAAUUAGUAAACAGGUGAGAAAGACAGUUGCAUUUAGCAUUAUACAUCAUAUAAAUACGGAACAAGAGUCAUUUAGCGCUAAAUGCGCGUUAAGAAUCCAGGAUGGGCAUCAUCAAAGUGCUGUACAUGUAACUUUGAGUAUAUUUAGAAUCCCGAUUUUAAUCUCCGACGAACCGAGCCCAACCCGACGAUGAAUCGUCACCUCGAUCUUUUGAACCGCGUGUCUGAUAGUUUGCAAAUUCCGUACUUGAGGCAUUCCAAGAGUUAGGCUAAGAAUGAAAAGUAUAAAGGACAACAGUACGGAUAGAACAUUGUAUAACGGUAACAUAGCGUGUUACGUAUAAAACAAGCGUACCGUACAUAGCAAUAGAGCGCCAUUGAUGAGCGAAGAGGCGCACACGAGCGGAGCGUUUGCGAUAAAUAUUGGAAUAAUAAUUACUACCGUUAGAUACGAUUAUUAUGUAUAUCGUUUGUUAAAUAUGUACUUACUAAUCUACUGCUAAUUACAUUAACGACUGUCGUUAUAAGGCCACACGACAUAAGGACGAGAUUCUUGUUGCUUGGUUUUGUAAUCAUGCUUGACGAAAGCAUACGGAGAAAUAAAACUUGUUGUCGUAGAAAAG